AUGAGGAAUUUUGUAACAGGAACCAGUGUUAUUUCAUUCAAAUACAAGGACGGAGUUAUGAUGGGUGCAGAUACCCGGGGAUCUUAUGGACGGCUUGCGAAGUACAGCGGGAUUCAAAGGAUGUUCAAGUUUGGAGACCAGACACUCAUAGGAAUUUCUGGGGAAGUAAGUGACAUGCAGUAUUUGGUCAAGACACUAAGCAUACUAACCGAAGAAGAUAACAGAGGGAUAGAUCCGAAGGGCUAUCAUAAGAUUGUUCAAAGAAUGUUAUAUUCUGCCCGAAGUAAAAUCCGCCCUCUAAACCUAAGUGUUUGUGUAGGAGGUACAAGGUGUGAUGACGAUAGUAUGACCCAUUGCGAAAGGAAGAUGCUUGGAUGCGUCGACCGAUUAGGGAACUUCUACUUCUCAGAUGUAAUAUGUACAGGAAUAGGAAGUUACAUAGCCCUUCCAUUCCUUAGAAGUAAGGUAGAGGGAAGAGAGGAUGAAAUAACAAGAGAAGAGGGCAUAAAUCUUAUCGAAGAAACAAUGAGAAUUUUGUGUUAUAGGGACUGUAAUGCAUCUAACGAAAUACAGAUAGGUUAUUCCGACAGUCAAGGGGUUCACAUAUCGGAUCCAUAUCCACUUAAAACCAAUUGGGACAUUGGGAUAAGAGAGGAUGAGAUUGUUAUUGAAUAA